AUGUCAAACAUCAAUAUCAGCUUCCAACAGACGCUGCGGGCCAAGUAUUCAGUCCAUGAGAGCGCCCGAUUUACGCCGCUCCCAUCUCUCGACCUCGGGCUUCUAACCGAGAUCCUUGUCCGCGAACGCCGAGUAGUUGCGCUCAACGCCGGCUGCUCCGUGCUGCCUGGAAAGCCCGCGCCCCGAUUCAUUCAGGACCUGCAAGAUCGCGGCUAUCACGUCGAUCUUCGGGAGCGUGCCGGUGUGUCGUCUUCUGACGAAAUGUCCGCCCGCGCCGGCCCCGUUCGCUACGUCGAGGACUUGGUCGAUGAAACCCUCCAAACGCGCAUCGCCGAGUCCGUCAUGGAGUAUUUCCAGGCCCAAGGUACGCUUGUCAUUGCGACGGGCGAUGCUCAGCCUGCCAAGUACUCGGACGGAUUCUUCACGUAUGCCGAGCGGGCCCUGAAAAUGGGUUGGAACGUCGAGGUCGUUUCAUGGAGGAGAAGCUUGUCAUCCUGUUGGAAGGGCUCCGAGUGGACGACCCGAUGGGGCAAUCGCUUCCGCAUCAUAGAACUCGACGAGUUUGUCGAUGAUUUGUUGGCUUGUCAGUUAUGA